UUAAAAAAAAGAGUAUCGGUCACGUGUGGCAUUGAGAGUGCGUGCUGCUUCUUCCAGACAGUGACUAAUUUUUAGCACUGUAAUUUUGAUUUCCUGUGUGUGUGGUUGGUUUCUACAUUGAAUUGUACUGGGCGGAAAGGUACGAUAGUGAACACACGCUUCCACGUGUGUAGGGUAUAAUGAGAACAACGCAAUGCCGCGCAUCCUUGAGAGGUCUUGUCGCCGUGACUGAAGAAGGGUCGACGUGGAAAUAGAGGGGAGGGAAGCGAUCAAGACCAGGGAUUAAGAUAUGAAAUUACGCCUAUUUGCAUGGCCAGUUUUUCUCCUUGCAUACACCGUGUUUGCUGCGCUGCCUAGACCUUAUAAUGUGAGGAUGGAUGCAGUGAACACUCGAUACAUCAUGAAAUGGGACUGGAAUCACUCCAUGGCCAAUCACAACAUCACGUUCACCGCUCAAUACACAUUUUCUCAUAAACAGUCGGACGAGAAGUCCUACACAGGGAUGUGUAUCAGGAUAACUGAGGAGAGGUGUGACUUCUCUAGGGAGCUGCACUUCUACAUGGGGUCAUACAUACUGAGAGUGAGGGCUGAGGGCAGGGGUCAGAUGUCAGACUGGUACAGGCUGAAGUUCGUUCCUGAUGAACAUGCGGACCUAGGCCCCCCAUCCCAUGUGGCGUUCGAUCCAGGGGACACCAUGUUAACAGUGAGCUUCAGGGAGCCAAUGACGGAGCAGAACACCCCCAUGAGAUCUGUGUUAGACAUGUCCUUCAGUCUGCAGUAUUGGGAGAAGCAUUCACCCAGCAAGAAACAAGAGAAAGUUUUUGACUCCACAGAGGGAACAUUGUUCCCGCUGAAGCCCUGGACAGAGUACUGCCUGCAGGUCAAUGCAUUCAACAAAUUGUACAAUAAGACCAGCCCAUACACACAGCAACAGUGUGUGAGGACCCUGGGAUAUCCUCCGGUGUGGAAGGUGUUGCUGGCUCUGCUGGGCUGUGUAGCUCUGAUGACGACAGUGCCUGUCUACAGAUGCCACAAAAAGAGAAAAAGUAUUGUCUCAAAGCACACAUUUCCCAGCAGUAUACUGCAUAACACACAGGAUACAAUAUCCAUUCUCCUCCUGCCUCGGGAGGAGAGCUGUGUGGCCACAGUUGUGGUGGCUGUACAGGUAGAGCAGACAAGCCAAGGUCAACAGCAACAGGUCAAGGGUCAGGGAGAUGUUGAGGCGGAGCAGGACAGUGGCUCCUCCAUCCAGAGAGGACAAGGCAGCUCCAGUCAGGACUCUGGGAUCUACUCAGGAGAAGACAGUGGAAAGAAGAGCGCAGGAUCAACAACAACAAGUCAACCUAAAGACACACACUGAGAAGAAAAAAAAAUGGAUCCCCAUAGCAAACUGCUGUAGAGCAAUUAGUGGAAUUUUGGGAAGCAGCUUGGAUUCACUGUCAAGAGGAGAGCUCUUGGGGAAAUUCUAUUUUAGUCAAAUUACUUUUUAAGACUUUUUUAGACUAGCUAUAAGACCCAAUGCAUUUCUCUAGUUGAGUUUAUUGAGUUGCCUGGGAAUAAUGGCCAAUAAUGCAGGUUAUGGAAUGUACUGUAUAUGUUACUAUUUUUAUGUUAUUCCCAUGCAAUUGGAGAUAUUAAAUAUAUUUUGCUCAGAUAAUUUACAGGCCAUUUAGAGUUCCUCUGUCCAGUGUUCUUUUGCCCAUCUUAAACUUUUCUUUUUAUUGGCCUGUCUGAGAUAUGGCUUUUUCUUUGCAACUCUGCCUAGAUGGCCAGCAUCCCGGAGUCGCCUCUUCACUGUUAACGUUGAGACUGAAGUUUUGCGAGUACUAUUUAAUGAAGCUGCCAGUUGAGGACUUGUGAGGCGUCUGUUUCUCAAACUAGAUACUCCAAUGUACUUGUCCUCUUGCUCAGUUGUGCACCGGGGCCUCCCACUCCUCUUUCUAUUCUGGUUAGAGCCAGUUUUCACAGUUCUGUGAAUGGAGUAGUACACAGCGUUGUACGAGAUAUUCAGUUUCUUGGCAAUUUCUCGCAUGGAAUAGCUUUCAUUUCUCAGAACAAGAAUAGACUGACGAGUUUCAGAAGAAAGUACUUUGUUUCUGGCCAUUUUGAGCCUGUAAUCGAUCCCACAAAUGCUGAUGCUCCAGAUACUCAACUAUUCUAAAGAAGGCACAUUUUAUUGCUUCUUUAAGCAGGACUACAUUUUUCAGCUAUUCUAACAUAAUUGCAAAAGGGUUUUCUAAUGAUCAAUUAGCAUUUUAAAAUGAUAAACUUGAAUUAGCUAACACAUGCCAUUGGAACACAGGAGUGAUGGUUGCUGAUAAUGGGCCUCUGUACGCCUACGUAGAUAUUCCAUUCAAAAUCAGUUUCCAUCUACAAUAGUAAUUUACAACAUUAACAAUGUCUACACUGUAUUUCGGAUCGAUUUUAUGUUAUUUGAACCCCUCUGGAAUAUGUGGGACGAAAUUCCUCAAGCAUACAAGUAUUUUACACAAUUUUAAAGAUACAAUUCUCAUUAAUCCAGCCACAGUGUCUGAUUUCAAAAAGGCUUUACAGCGAAAGCACCACAAACUAUUGUUAGGUCACCACCAAGUCACAGAAAAACACAGCCAUUUUUCCAGCCAAAGAGAUGAGUCACAAAAAGCACAAAUAGAGAUAAAAUUAAUCACUAACCGUUGAUUAUCCUCAUCAGAUGACACUCAUAGGACUUCAUGUAACACAAUACAUGUGUGUUUUGUUUGCUAAAGUGCAUAUUUAUAUCAAAAAAUCUCAUUUUACAUUGGCGCGUUACGUUCAGUAGUUCUAAAACAUGCAGUGAUUGUGCAGAGAGCCACAUCAAUUUACAUAAAUACUCAUCAUAAAUGUUGAUGAAAAUACAAGUGUUAUUCAUGGAAUUAGAGAUAUACUUCUCCUUAAUGCAACCGCUGUGUCAGAUUUUUUUUAAACGUUACGGAAAAAGCAAACCAUGCAAUAAUCUGAGUACAGCGUUCAGACAACAAAGCAGCCAAAAUCCGCCAUAUUGUGUAGUCAACAUUAGUCAGAAAUAGCAUUAAAUAUUCACUUACCUUUGAUGAUCUUCAUCAGAAUGCACUCACAGGUAUCCCAGUUCCACAAUAAAUGUUUGAUAAAGUUCAUCAUUUAUAUCCAAAUAGCUUUUUUUAUUAGGGCGUUUGGUAAACAAAUCCAAACACGCGUUCGGGUCCAGCCGAACAUCAGACGAAAAGUUCAAAAAGUUAUAUUACAGGUCAUAGAAACUUGUCAAACUAAGUAUAGAAUCAAUCUUUAGGAUGUUUUUAUCAUAAAUCUUCAAUAAUGUUCCAACCGGAGAAUUCCAUUGUCUGUAGAAAAGCAAUAGCUGUGGCACUCUGCCAGACACUGGGCUCAAUCCCCUCUCAUUCGCCCCCACUUCACAGUAGAAGCCUCAAACAAAGUUCUAAAGACUGUUGACAUCUAGUGGAAUCCUUAGGAAGUGCAAUAUGACCCCAUUUACACUGUGUAUUGGAAUGGCAAAGAGUUGAAAAACUACAAACCUCAGAUUUCCCACUUCCUGGUUGGAUUUGUCUCAGGUUUUCGCCUGCCAUAUGAGUUCUGUUAUACUCACAGACAUCAUUCAAACAGUUUUAGAAAUGUCAGAGUGUUUUCUAUCCAAUACUACUAAUACUAUGCAUAUAUUAGCAUCUGGGACAGAGUAGCAGGCAGUUUACUCUGGGCACCUUAUUCAUCCAAGCUACUCAAUACUGCCCCCCUGUCACCAAGAAGUUAAUGGACAAGUGCUUUUCUUUCAAAAACAAGGACAUUUCUAAGUGACCCCAAUCUUUUGAACGGUAGCAUAAGAAUAUUUUGAAAAUAAAUACACAACGCAGAGGAUGAGAGGAUUAAAAACUAGAGUACUAAUGGUCAAUAGUGAAUUGUAAAUAGGAGUUGGGUUUCAGUUCAUCAUAUGUUAGAAUCUGUGGAAUGUCACUUCUGAACUCAGAGUGACAUGUGCCAGGUUUUCAUUGGUCUGUACAUUGAGUCGAGAGCAGGAUACUUGUUAUUUGGCUAUUGGCCAAGUUGUACUGCAAGGACUUCUGAUUGGGCAACCCCAGGCUAGGGUGGGGGGUUAUAAAUGGCAUCAUGUUCCUUUGUUCAGUGUGGAAAAGCUGAGGACAGGGGAGACUGAACAUCUACCUUCCAGCACAACAUCUUGAUUUGUCCUAUCUGAAUAAACCUAUUUUUCUCCCCCUGAUUUGCGUUGGAGUUUGUGUUAUUGAAGAAUAACAUAAAUGACUAACAGUAGUGUACCUAAAAAAUCUAUAAUAUAUAUUUUUUUAUUAAUGAAUGAAGAGAUCCCAGUAGAGGGAGACGGGCUCAAUUCCAACAUCCAUAUUAGCAUACCACCGGUGUGCAUACCACUACUUGAACAAUUCAAAUGUUUACUGUCACAUGUCCUUGGGUAUCUUGAACAAUGCUUCAAGUUAUUAUGUAAGUGAUUUGCUACUGUACUGUAAAUAAGAAUCAUUUAGGCUCCUUUUUGAAUGCUGGUCAAGAUAUUAAUAAACCACUCAAAUAAAA